CCAUGAGAUCGCACCAGUCAUCUGAUUGGGUUGAUGAGUGCUAUCAUUUGUGGUUACAGUUGCAAAACGACCACUAUUUUUAGUGUUAGUGAUAAUGUCGGGAAUUGUGAAAGUGGAAAUUAAACAAGAAGACAACAUAAAUACCUCCAUUGAUGAGAAUGUUUUACUUAAUGAUGAUGUGUCUGGUAUAAUAAAGCAAGAACCUAAUGAUAUUACAAUCAAGGGGGAUCUCACAGGCACUUUUCAAGACGCAAAUGAUGUCAAGCAGGGAAAUGAAUGUGUUAACCGAUCGCCAAUUACUUUUAAUUGUACUCUGUGUAAUCACACAACAAAAUAUAAACGCAAUUUAAGAGUACAUCUACUAACCCAUACGGCUGUUAAAGAUUUUAAAUGUAAUCAGUGUGAUUACACAACAAAUAAUAAAUCCCUUCUUAAACCACAUCUAUUGACCCACAAGAUAUUCAAGGGACUUAAAUGUGACUACUGUGACUACGCAACCAAUAAUAAAUCUAAUUUUAAGGGACAUCUAUUAACCCAUAAGACAACAAAAGAUAUCAAAUGUGAUUAUUGUGAUUACGCAACUGCUAAUAAGCGCUGUUUAAAAAUGCAUCUGCUUUCGCAUAGACUUUCUAAGGAUUUCAAAUGUGUACAGUGCGAUUAUGCAACUAAUUUGAAUUCUAGUUUUAAAACACAUCUAUUAACCCACAAGACAACCAAAGACAUCCAAUGCGACCAUUGUGAUUAUGCAACCACUACUAAGGCCUAUUUAAAAACACAUCUACUGUCACAUAAACUUUCCAAAGAUAUCAAAUGUGUCCAAUGUGAUUAUGCAACUAAUAAUAAAUCCCAUUUUAAACAACAUCUAUUAACUCACAAGACAACCAAGGAUAUCAAAUGUGAUCAUUGUGAUUACGCAACCACUAAUCCACACUGUUUAAAAAUACAUCUGCUUUCACAUAGACUGUCCCAGGAUUUUAAAUGUGUCCAGUGUGAUUAUGCAACCAACAUUAAUUCCAAUUUUAAAAAACAUCUGCUGUUACAUAAACCUUCCAAGGAUCUUAAAUGUGGCCAGUGUGAUUUCGCAACCAAUGAUAAAUCCCGCCUUAAUCGACAUCUAUUAACCCACAAGACGGCCAAAGAUUUCAAAUGUUAUAAUUGUGAUUACGCAACCACUAAUAAGUCCUAUUUAAGACAACAUCUACUUUCACAUAAACUUUCCAAGGAUUUCAAUUGUGUCCAGUGUGAUUAUGCAACCAAUCUUUUUUCCAAUUUGAAAACGCAUCUGCUUACACAUAAACUUUCCAAGGAUUUUAAAUGUGCCCAGUGUGAUUAUGAAACAAAUAAUAAAUCCCAUUUCCAAAGACAUCUAUUAACCCACAAGGCAACGAAGGAUAUUAAAUGUGAACAUUGUGAUUACGAAACCACAAAUAAAUCCUCUUUAAAAAUGCAUCUGCUUUCACAUAAACUUUUCAAGGAUUUAAAAUGUGUCCAGUGCGAUUAUGCAACCAAGUACAAUUCUAGUUUUAAAGCACAUCUAUUAACCCACAAGAUAACCAAGGAUAUAAAAUGUGAUCAUUGUGAUUAUACAACGACUAAUAAGUCAUAUUUAAGAACACAUCUACUUUCACACAAACUUUACAAGGAUUUCAAAUGUGCCCAGUGUGAUUAUGCAACCAAUUUUAUUUCCAAUUUUAAAACACACUUGCUUAAACAUAAACCUUCGAAGGAUUUUAAAUGUGCAAAGUGUGAUUAUGAAACAAAUAAUAAAUCCCAUUUUAAACGACAUCUAUUAACCCAUCAGACAACCAAGGAUAUCAAAUGUGAACAUUGUGAUUACGAAACUACCAGUAAGUCCUGUUUAAAAAUACAUUUGCUUUCACAUAAACUUUCCAAGGAACUUAAGUGUGCCCAGUGUGAUUAUGAAACAAAUAAUAAAUCCCAUUUUAAAAGACAUCUAUUAAUCCACCAGGCAACCAAGGAUAUCAAAUGUGCCUAGUGUGAUUGUACAACUAUAAAUUUGUUUUUAAAUCAUUUCUAUUAACUCAUAUAAGUAAGACAACUACAGAUGUUAAAUGUUCUGAUUGUGAUUAUGCAACAAACAGUAGUUGCUAUUGAAAAGAUAUCUGUUUAAAAAUAAAACUUCUCCC